CAAUGAGCUGUCGUGUCCAAGUGCAACUACGGCAAGCCGCUUAGUCCUUUCCGCGCUGUGACUGGUCAUUGUUACCAGACAACUAAGAAAACAACAUAACAGUCCACGGAGUGACGUGAGGAUACAAACUACUUUUGAAAUGAGGAGAGGCAGGUGUAGUGUGUAUUGGGGGGGUCUUCUCCUCCUCCUGUCCUCUCUGCUGUGUGUUCACUCUCAGGGGGAUCCACACCACCACCAGCAGCAGCAGCCACCGGUCAUCGAGAGUGGAGCUCACAUAACCGGCCACGGUCAUGGUCGCCUGGACAAAAACAUGAUUCAGGACAAAGACCACAUCAUGGAGCAUUUAGAGGGAGUCAUAGACAAACCAGAGAAGGACAUGACACCGCAGGAGCUUCAGCUGCACUAUUUCAAGAUGCAUGAUUACGAUGGCAACAACCUGCUGGAUGGAUUGGAGCUAGCCACAGCUAUCACACACGUACACAGGGAGGAGAGAGGCGAGAACAGCCAGCCAAUGAAAGAAGAGGACCUCAUCACUCUCAUCGAUGACGUUCUGAGGGACGACGACAAAAACAAUGAUGGUUACAUAGAUUACGCAGAGUUUGCCAAAUCACUGGAGUAAGAUGUUACGUGAACACUGACACUCUUCAUGUCCACAACAACAACAACCACAAGGAAUCUGCAGAGAAGAGAAGUCAAACCGAGGCACUGCCACCACGCUGUCUAGAGAACUACUGUUUAAUCUCUGCUUUCUCUUAAGGGUGAUCAAUCAGGGUUAUUAGUAAUUUAUGAAGUUUUGGUACUUUCUAAGCUUAUGCUACUUUUUUAUGUAAUGUUCAAGCCGGUAGCAGCAAAACUGGUUAUACCAAUAAUUUGAUAAGCAAAACAAAAAAAAGUAGCAAAUGCCCCUUUUUUUUUCUUAGUUUGACUCUGGUGUGUGAGUACACUUCAAGUGAACGUUCUGCACCCUCUGCUUUUGUAGAUUCCUUGAAAUAAUGCUGUUUAUAAAGGGUCAAUUCACCCAUUAUCACUAAUAGACAUUUUUUUUUACUCAACCCCUCUGACCUCUGACAAAAGGCCUACACAAUAAAAGCCCAAAACUUCCACAGGAAACUAGUAAAACUACCAGUGAAAGCUGUCCACGUGUACAGCAUCACAAACAAAACCUCCAUUGUGGUGCUGUGGCAGCAGAGGUCUCAGUGGAAGUUAUGGCAAAUAAAAAGAAAUCCAUCGUCAUUGUUACAGUAAGGGAAUAUGUUUUUGUGAUUUUUCGUAUUUUGGGGUGAAUCGGCCCCUUAUACAUGCAGUACACUCUACAGUGUGCGCUCUUCUUUUAGUGGUGCUACAUUUAAUUCAGUCUAGUAGCCCGAUAGCAUCUAAACAGAGUGUCAUCACUUUGAAUGGACCACAGGUUCCGUCUGAAGUGUUUUGACUGUGUGGACCAAAUGAUUCCUUCCGUGAAUCCAUUUCAUUUGCUGCUUGUGAUGAGGACGAGACAAAAGGGGCGCUCUCAUCGCAUGGAAAGUGGCCUUGACUUGCUCAGAUGUGCAGUAUAUAGCCUGGUGUAGUGUGUGUGUGUGUGGAGCAGAAGCUUACUUUAGAGGGGAAGCUUGAGGUUGCCAGCAGCACGUCAGCACCGCGUUUACUGUUGUUUUCAUGAAGACUACCACAAUUAUAUGAGCCAAUCACAAUCAUCUUCACUGUAGUCUGUCAGCCAGCAGAUACUUGACAUGAAUCUAACGUCAUGGAGUGAAUGUAAAGCAGCACCGUACUGCUGUUUCUUUAUCACUGGAUAAGCUAGACUUAAAGCACACUGGUUAAUGCCGCAGUUGUUUCAAAGCCGAUUUCCCUUCGUCGGGUUUCCAGUAAAGCACUUGUUCUGAACCAGUGAACACAACACGUUUGCUUCAAUUCAUUAGCUGCCUUUAAAACAGAUCUGGAUGGAACAUGGUCAGGUCUCUGUGUGUCACAUCCAUCUGUGAUUAUUUCUAAAGUAUGAUUUUUGUAUGGAUGAAUCUAUAUUUUUGCCAUCAGUAUUGAUCCUUCAAUCAAUUCAGGUUGUUGGCUGAUAAAUAUUUAAACAGCUGAGAGCAGAACAGAUGCAACUGUGUUGUUUCUGGAAUGUGAAAUAUUAAAAUAAAUCUCUAAUCUACACA